AUGUGGACAACCUUGAAGUUGUUAGCUGUUUGCUGUUGUCGUUUUCUCCGCUUUGCGUUUGCCGGCUGUCGCUUGUUUGUGUUGUUGUUGUUGUUGUUGUUGUUGUUGCAAACCGCCCUCGUCUGUCUUUUCUACUGUGUCCGCAAUCAGGCAAACAUUCGUGUGUGUAGACGUGGCAACAUCUGCCACGUCCUCGCGUGUCCCCACCCUCUUUACCGUUCGCACACGCCUCACUCACUCCACAACGCUUUUCGUACAAACGCGUUCGCGUGUUCGCGUGUUCGCUGGCCGCUUCAGGUGUCGUGUCGUGUAGUUCGUGCUGGCCAUUUCCCCGCCAACACUAGAACCGCGUUUGCUUCUAACUGA